GAACUUUGGACAUUAAGGACACCCAUUGUUGCUGCAGUCAGAGACAAAGCUGAGUUAGUGUGCAGCUCAGGUCACCUGCAAGAUGGAUCUGCUGUAUGGAGGUCAUAUCUUCGAAUCUGCUCUGUUCCUUUUUCUGCUCCUACUGCUUUUGAGUUUCUGUGCUUACUGCUGCUAUGUCAAGUAUAUCCAUAUAAAGUAUGACCACAUUCCAGGACCUCCCAGGGACAGUUUUCUGUUUGGACACAUUAAGUCAAUCAACAAAUAUUUGAAUGGUCCCGGACUUUCACAUGACAAAUUACUUGAAUGGGCUGAACAAUAUGGGCCUAUUUAUCGGUUGAAUGCCCUUCAUCGUGUUAUACUGUAUGCCAUCAGUCCUGAGGCUGUGCAGAAAUACAUGAUGUCUUCAGAAUACCCUAAGGAUCCUUAUGUAUAUAACCUCUUGUUUUCUUUGUUUGGUGUACGGUUUAUGGGGAAGGGGCUCAUAACAGAUCCAGAUCAUACCCACUGGUACAAGCAGCGCAGAAUCAUGGACCCUGCCUUCGGACAUAGCUAUCUGAAAGAAAUGAUGGGAAUUUUCAAUGAGAAGGCUGAAUAUCUGAUGCAGAAACUAGAAGAAAAUGCAGAUGGCAAAACGGAGGUGGAAAUGCAUGCCAUGAUUAAUCGGGUGACACUGGAUGUCAUCGCAAAGGUUGCAUUUGGUAUGGACCUGCAUCUACUGGACAACAAACAGUCACCAUUCCCACAUGCAAUUUCAGCAGUCCUGAAAGGAAUGGUGCCGCAUGUUCAGAAUCCGUAUAUGCAGUAUAUGCCUCAGCACAGGAAGUUUGUGAAAGAUGUGCAGGAAUCUGCAAAGCUCUUGCGUCGCACUGGCAGGGAGUGCAUUGAACGGAGAAAGGAAGCAGUCCGUAAUGGCGAGGAUGUUCCAAAGGACAUUCUCACCCAGAUUCUGAAAAGUGCAGAGCAAGAAGGAGGCUAUGACGACGAGAUCAUGUUGGACAAUUUUAUCACCUUCUUUAUUGCAGGACAGGAAACCACAGCCAAUCAAAUAUCUUUUACUAUAAUGGAGUUAACUCGACAGCCAGAAAUAACUGCAAAGCUACGGGAUGAAAUAGAUGAUGUUGUGGGUUCAAAACGUGAUGUCAGUUUUGAUGAUUUGGGAAAACUGCAGUACAUGACUCAGGUUCUUAAAGAAUCCCUCAGACUGUACCCUCCUGCACCUGGUACCGCACGUCUCCUUACUCACGAUGAUGUGAUUGAAGGAAUAAGAAUUCCAGGAGGUGUUGCUCUGAAUUUCAAUACCUACAUAAUGGGCAGAAUGGACAAAUUCUUCAAGGCUCCACUGACAUUUGAUCCAGAACGGUUCAGCCCAGAUGCUCCCAAGCCUAACUUUUGCUAUUUCCCAUUUACUUUGGGACCAAGAACUUGUCUUGGCCAAGUCUUCUCUCAGAUGGAGGCAAAAGUGGUUUUGGCAAAACUGCUUCAGAGGUUUAACUUUAAACUUGCCCCAGGCCAGUCUUUCGAGAUCAAGGACACAGGAACUUUACGGCCAAGAGAUGGUGUCAUUUGCACUCUGACACUGUUAACCAACAAAACUAAAGAAAGCUAGAAAUAAAUACUGCGGAAUGUUCUGGUAAAUAACCAGUGCUUGCAGAACGCUGAUACAGAAAGCGACAUUUGAGGCUUCAUUGUUUCAUCUAUUUAAAAAGUUGUAUUAGCUUUUCUGUUUGUGAUGACGGUGUUGGGCAGGUAAUGAUAUUUAUAUGGGCUGUACACCGUUCCAUACAAUUAUGUAUACUAUUGAUGUAGCUGCUUCUUUUGACAUUACUAAUUACUGCAUUUCUUACUCUACAGCAUCCUAUAAGUGAAACUAUAAAUGAACAUUUUUAAUGUGUUAUAAUAUUUCACUUUUACACUAAUUACAAAUUAGUAGGUAUUAUAGUCUACACAAAUGUCACUUGGGUAACAAUAUUUUGAGUAAAGUUAUGAACUGGGAUGGAACUGCUGGAUUGUCAUGGCUCAGGAAAAAAUAUUUGAGUCAUGGUAAUGAUUACUUAACAAGGAAGGGAUGGGCUGUGUAUAUAUAUAUAUAUAUAUAUAUAUAUAUAUAUAUAUAUAUAUAUAUAUAUAUGCACACACACACACACACACACACACACACAUAUAUAUAGGAAGACCACAUAACCGAGCCGAGAAUGCCGCAACUUCACAUGAACAAACUGUUUCCCAGGGUAAAUAACCACUGGGCCAGCAAGGAGAUUUACCCUUUUCCCCACUGUAGUGUGAUCCUAGAAUUGGAAUAUUUAGUUAGGGAGGUGUGGGGUGUGCAGUCCCCCACAUUGGGGUGUGUGGGGGGUGUAUCCCCCCCACCUGGGUUGGUUGUAGAUGGUGCAGUGUGCUUUCCAUGAGUUUUUGGCCUAGUGGUUAUUUACCCUGGGAAAUAGUUUAAGUUUGUGAUUAUUUGAUCAUGUGAAGUUUUGUCAUUCUCAGCUUAGUUAUGUGGUCUUUAGUUAUGUGAAAUUUCAGGUAUUUACUGAUUACUUUUUCAAAGCCAGUCAUUUUUUACUUCCCAUGCUCUGCAUUGUACUAAGGUGCUCCGUAACAUAAACUGGGAUGCCCAAUAUUUCUUUCAGAUGGACACGUGGAUGGAUAUAAGCCUAAAUUUGAUUUAUGGACAUUAAUGAAGUUGCUGGUUAGGGCAGCCAUGGUGGUGCAGUGGUUAGCGUUGCCGCCUCACAGCAAGAGGUUCUCUGGUUCGAUUCUCGGCUGGGCUGCCUUCUGUACGG